CAAUCGACGACGACCGACCAAUCGACCCGAUAUCGACAAUCGCCAAAAUGUCUGCCCCUCAGCUCAACAAGAUCGCGGCCAACAGCCCCUCUCGCCAGAACCCUUCUGAGCUUGAGACCGCCGUCGCUGGCGCCCUCUACGACCUUGAGUCCAACACUGCCGACCUCAAGGCUGCCCUCCGCCCUCUGCAGUUCGUCUCUGCCCGCGAGAUCGAGGUUGGCCACGGCAAGAAGGCUAUUGUCAUCUUUGUCCCCGUCCCUUCCCUGCAGGGCUUCCACCGCGUCCAGCAGCGUCUCACCCGUGAGCUCGAGAAGAAGUUCUCUGACCGCCACGUCCUGAUUGUCGCUUCUCGCCGUAUCCUCCCCCGCCCCAAGCGCUCCAGCCGCUCCCGCAACACCCUCAAGCAGAAGCGUCCCCGUUCGCGCACCCUCACUGCCGUCCACGACGCCAUCCUCACCGACCUCGUCUACCCCGUCGAGAUCGUUGGCAAGCGUCUCCGUGUCAAGGAGGACGGCUCCAAGACCCUCAAGGUUAUCCUUGACGAGAAGGAGCGCGGCUCCGUCGACUACCGCCUCGACACCUACUCCGCCGUCUACCGCCGCCUCACCGGCAAGAACGUCCUCUUCGAGUUCCCCCUCGUCUCCGCUGAGUUCUAAACGGUGGACGCAAUGGGCGUUUGAGUGUCUGGGCUGGAGCACUCCAAGGGUGAUUAUUGGGUUAGGGCUCAGAUGAUAUUCGGGUUCGGUUCUCUUGCAAUGCAUGCAUGGCAGUACAAAAGGAACGGCGUCUAGCUAGCUUGUCUCUGGAAAAAGGGCAGGCAUGGGUUUUCCCCUACUACCUGUUAUCCCUUGUGUUGUGCACUAUCAAUGCCAACAUUCAAAUACUACUGCGUUAUGGAUUGUGGGAUACAUCUUGUCCAUAUUUGCG